AUGCUAACUGUGCACCGAUCGGUGGCGAUCGUGCCAAGCUUGCCUAGCUGGGUGUCGCCGCUGCUGCGCCGUGGCAGCACCCAGGCGCAGCUGCACCAGCGCGACCUCUUCACCCUGCCAGCCCACUUGCAGCCAUCCACCUGCGGGCGCCGCCUGUGGCGGCACUGGAGGCAGGAGCAGGAGCGUGCCGCCGCACACGCGGGCUCUGGCGCCGGCGUCGGCAGGCGCCAGGGAGGGCCCGCAGCGGCGCCGCAGCCGUCGCUGCUGCGGGCCAUCGUGGCCACCUAUGGCUGGCCCUACUUCCUUCUCGGGCUGCUCAAGGCGGCAGGGGAUGCCCUCAACUUUGCGGGGCCCCUGCUGCUCAACCUGCUGCUGCGCCACCUGGCGGCGGCGCCUGGCGGCGGCGGUGGCGGCGGCGGCGGCGGCGGCACGACAAGCCUGCUGGGGUGGCGGGUGGACGUGGCGGCGCCGCUGUUUGGCUAUGCCUGCGCUGCUCUGCUGGCGGCCAGCCUGCUGCUAAAGGCCUUCCUGGGCGCCCACUACGGCUACCGCCAGUCCCUGAUCGCCGCCCAGCUGCGCUCCGCGGUCACCGCCGCCGUCUUUCGCAAGGCGCUGGCCGUCAACGCCGCCACGCUGGCGGCCGCGAGCAGCGGGCGGGUGCAGACGCUCAUGUCUGUGGAUGCCGACCGCCUGGUCAAUCUGUGCCUCAGCUUCCACGAGCUGUGGAGCCUGCCCGCCCAGAUCGGCGUUCAGUACGCCUUCCUGGCGGGGCUGGCCCUGGUGGUACUGCUGAUACCGGUCAACCGAGCUCUGGCCACCCGCAUCCAGGCAGCCUCGCUGAAAAUGAUGGCGGCUAAGGACAGGCGCGUGCGCUGCAUGCUGGAGAUCCUGCGGGGUAUCCGGCAGAUCAAGUGCUACGCGUGGGAGGCGGCAUUUGGGCGGCGCGUGCGGCGGGAGCGGCGCGAGGAGCUGGCGGCGCUGGCGGUACGCAAGUACCUCGACGCCCUCUGCGUCUACUUCUGGGCCGCCACCAGCCUGCUGUUCAGCCUGGCCACGUUUGGGCUGUACGCGCUGAUGGGGCGCCAGCUCACCCCCCCAGUCGUCUUCACCUCGCUCGCCCUCUUCAAUGUCCUGCUGGCCCCCAUCAACGCCUUCCCCUGGGUCAUCAACGGGGUGGUGGAGGCGGUGGUGUCUGUGCGCCGCUUGUCAGAGUUCCUUCGGGCCCCGGAAACAGCCGGACCCACAGCCGCCCCGCCGGCGAAUGGUUCCAAGCUCACCGGCAGCGGCACAGCCCAGGCGGGCGGUGCGGCAGACGCGAGCACGCCCCUUGCUAUCUGCAUUGCCGGGAGCUUUGCCUGGGGCGGCAGCGGCAGCAGCAGCACUAGCAGCAGCCGCGGCGGCGGGGGUAGCGGCGGUGCAGGGUUGGAGGCUGCGAGCCAGCCUUGGCAGCCGGCCCUGCACCAUGUUGUACAGCAGCAGCAGGCAGGAGGUGGUGGUGCCGUGCUGCGCGACGUCGAGCUGGCUGUGCCAGCUGGCAGCCUGGUGGCCCUGACCGGCCCCGUGGGCAGCGGCAAGAGCAGCCUGCUGGCGGCGGUGCUGGGUGAGAUGCUGCCUUCAGAUUCUGGCCAGCAGCAGCAGCAGCAGCGGCAUGGUAGUGUCACGGCCUCUCCAGGCAGCCAGGGCGCUGGCCUCAUCGCUGCGCUGAGCGGCUUCGUGGCGGCGGGCACCAGCGUGGCGUAUGUGCCGCAGGAACCUUGGAUCAUGCAUGGGACGCUGAGGGACAAUGUGCUGCUGGGGCGGGCCCUCGACAGGCAGCGGUACGCUGCUGUACUGCACGCCUGCGCCCUGCUGCCAGACCUCCAAGCCAUGCCGGCUGGGGACCUCACUACGGUGGGCGGCGGCGGCGCCACGCUGAGCGGCGGGCAGCGAGCCAGGCUGGCGCUGGCCAGGGCGCUGUACCGCGGCGCUGACGUGCUGCUGUUGGAUGAUUGUCUGGCUGCGGUGGAUGCUGGCGUGGCGGCCUGGAUCCUGCGGCAUGCACUGCUGAGCCCGCUGCUGUGGGGCGAGCAGCAGCAGCAGCACCAGCAGCACCAGCAGCGGCGGCCACUUACCGUUGUUGUGGCCACACAUACGCCUGCCCUGCUGGCGGCGGCAGAUAUGGUUGUUGAAAUGAGCGGCGGCAGGGUGGCGGCGGUGCGGGUGCAGCCUGAGGCAGCGGCGUUGCAUCGGCAGGAAGCAGCAGCUGACGAGAGCGAGCGCAGCCCAGAGGCCCCGCAAGCCGCAGCAGGCGGUGAGGGUGCGGUGGAAGCGGCAAGCCGCAUGUCAGGCAAAGAUGCAGAGGGCGAGGAGCAGCAGGUUGGGGCCACGCUCGGCGUGCAGCAGCAGCAGCAGCAGGAGCAGGAGCAGGGGCAGCAGGAGGAGGAGCGACAGCAGGGCCACGCCACCCGCAACGGAAACGACCUCUGGCUCUCGCACUGGGUGUCCCAUGCCACUCCCACCAACCAAACUUCAGAGCCCCAUCCAUACCUGUGCGUCCGCCCCGCCGCCGGCAGCGGCGGCGGUGCCAGCCUGCCUGCCUCUGGCACGCCGAUGCACAGCGGCGGCAGCAGCCUGGGAGGGAGUCCCCCGGCCAGCAGUGGCCUCGGCAGCAGCAGCCUGGACAGCAGCCCGGGAAGCAGCAGCAGCAGCAGCAGCUGCCUGGACCCUCAGGUCCGGUACUACCUGACUGUACUGCUGGCAAUCGCCGCCGCCAACUCAGCCAUCACCCUCGCCCGAGCCUUCUCCUUUGCCAAAGGGGGCCUGGUGGCCGCCAAGUGCGUGCACGAGCAGCUGCUGGCGGCGGUGCUGGCCCUGCCGCUGGCUUUCUUCGACGCCACUCCACCAGGCCGAGUGCUCAACCGCUUCUCAUCAGACACAGCCACGGUGGACGACUCCCUGCCCUUCAUCCUCAACAUCCUGCUUGCUAACUGCGCCAGCCUGGCGGGGGUGGCGGUGGUGCUGUGUAUCACGCAGCCGCUGGUGCUGGCGCUGCUGCCGCCGCUGGCGGCGCUGUACCGCAGCCUGCAGCGGUACUACCGCGCCACCAGCCGCGAACUGCGCCGCCUGGAUGCUGUGGCCAAGUCGCCUGUCUAUACCGCCUUCUCGGAGCUGCUGAGCGGAGGGCCCACCAUGCGGGCCUUUGCCGCGCAGCCCCACUUCCUAGCGGCCGCCGAGGCGGCGGUGGCGGCACAGCAGCGGGCCUCUGUGUCGUCGGCCGCCGCGGGCAGCUGGCUGGGCCUGCGCCUGCAGCUCAUGGCGGCCGCUCUGGCUGCCGCGGUGGCCGGCGCCGCAGUGGCGGAGCACGCCGGCGCGCUGCCCUGGGCGACCCCCGCGGCAGCGCUGCCGGUGGCGGGGGCAGUGGGGGUAGGAGGCGGCGGCGGCAGCAGCUACGGCAGCGGCGCCGCCCGCGGCAGCAUGGCAGCAGGACUGGUGGGGCUGAGCCUGUCGUAUGUGCUUCCCAUCACAGGCCUGCUAAACGGCCUACUCACCUCCUCAGCAGAGACAGAGCAAGAGAUGGUGGCGGCGGAGCGCGUUUUCCAGUACCUCAAGCUGGGUGGCAGUACCAGCAGUACCAGCAGUACCGGCAGCAGCAGCGGGGAGGUUCGGCCACGAGGCGAAGGCGGGCAUGCCGGCAAUGGCACAGCGGCAGCAGGCACGCGAAAGGCACCCACCAUUGUUGGGUCGGACAUUGAGGCGCAGCAGCCGCUGCUGCCCGCCCCGGGCAGCCCCCGCAGUAGCGGCGCCGGCGGCGCCGGCAGCAGCCACGUGGGCAUCUGCGGCCGCACCGGCGCCGGCAAGAGCAGCCUGCUGGCGGCGCUGCUGCGCCUGGCGCCCGUCGCCGGCGGCAGGGUGUGCAUCGACGGCCGCGACGUGGCCUCCCUCCCGGCUGCUGAACUGCGGCGGGCUGUGGGCGUUGUGCCGCAGCACCCUUUUCUGUUUGAUGGCAGCGUGGCGCAGAACCUGGACCCGCUGGGGCGCCACACGGGCGCUGAGCUGGCGGCCGCGCUGCGCCAGGUGGCGCUGUGGCAGCCACUGCUGGCGCAGCUGCGCGAGGCGCCCAGCAGCGCUCCUGCUGCCGCUGGCCAUGAGGCGGAGCAGCAGCAGCAGCGGCAGCAAGAAGGAGCGGAGGCGGAGGCGUUGCAGCGCCGAGUGCUGGCGCUGCGGCUGGGCGAGGGCGCGGCGGCGCUGUCGCAGGGGCAGCAGCAGCUGCUGGCGCUGGCGCGGGUGCUGCUGCGCCACCCGCGGCUGCUGCUGCUCGAUGAGGCCACCUCGUCAGUUGACCCGGCCACCGCCGACACUAUGCAUGAGGUGAUCCGGCGCCACCUGGCAGGCAGCACAAUCAUCGAGGUGGCUCACAGGCAGAGCACCAUCGCCAGCUGCGACAGGGUGGUGGUGAUUGAGGGCGGCAGGGUUGCCGUGGAGCGCUGA